GCUGCUGGAACUGCCUUUCAUCCUUCCCUUUGCCACCAGGGUGCUGGCUGGUUUCUGGAGCAGCGUCUUCACUCCUAUCCAGCUCUUGACACUGCCUUUCAUUCCCUAAGGCUGUGGCCUCCUCUAGGCCCAACCAGGCUGAUGGCCAUACCUUGCCUUCAGUGCUACUCCUUUCUGUUCUUGGAACUGGGACCUGGCUGUGCUUGAGCCCCUUGAAUCACACUCAGGGGCUUGGGCUGAUGGCCCCUCUUGUCAAGAGGACUUAAAGGAAGGCAGAUGGGUUUCUGCUAAAGGAGGAUCCAGCCUGCAGAAAGAAGCCCAGGGGGCUGGCUGGAGGGGUUGUUGAGGAGCAUCUGAGCUGGCUGGAUAACCAGCUCUCUCCUAAGCCAUCUCCCCAUCCUGGGCAACUUCCAUGGAGGAACGCCCCCGUCAGUAGGCCACAUUCAUGGCAUGUGGCCAAGCUGCUGGAGGGAUGCCCUGAAGCGGCCACCAACAUGCAUUUCCCUUCUGAAGCCUUCAGCUUGUCCUGGCAUUCCGGCUGCAACACGAGUGACGUGUGUGUGCAGUGGUGUCCACUCUCCCGGCACUGCAGCACUGAGAAAAGCAGCUCCAUUGGCAGCAUGGAGAGCCUGGAGCAACCAGGCCAAGCCACCUAUGAGGGCCACCUCUUGCCCAUUGACCAGAGCACAUACCCCAAUCAGCGUGACUCAGCCUAUAGCUCCUUCUCGGCCAGCUCAAAUGCCUCUGACUGUGCCCUUUCCCUCAGGCCAGAGGAGCCAGGCUCUGUGGACUGCAUCAUGCAAGGCCCAGGGCCAACUAAGGCCCCUAAUGGCCAGCUUAAUGUGGCCGAGACCUCAGGAAGUGGCCGGCGUACCAGUGGGGGCCACCUGACUCCUAGCUCCCAGAUAUCAUCCCGUCCACAGGAGGUCCACCACUCAGGGCCUGCCAAGGCUGCCAGGGGUCCACCACAACCUCCAGUGAGGCGAGACAGUCUUCAGGCCUCCAGAGCCCAACUCCUCAAUGGAGAGCAGAGCAGGGCUUCUGAGCUUGUGGACUCCUUGCAACAGGAGAAACCUAGCUUGGACACCAUGCUAUCCCCAAGGAACCCUAACAGGUUCUGCUGCCUCAGCGGGCAAGACCAAGUGACAAAUGAGGGCCAUCAGAACUGUGAGCUCAGCCAACUUCCUGAAUCCAGCCAGAAGGGCUCUGAGCAUCUACUGAUGGAGGCCUCGGCCAAAGCUGUUGGAUUCCCAAAAGCAUAUGACAAAGCUUCCAGCACAGAUUCCAGCCCACUCAACCAGGCUUCAGCAGGACUAGCUAAGGCUUCUUCUUUUGGCAGCCCUCCACACCUCACAGGACAUCGCCAUAGUGCCCCUGAACAGCUACUGGUGUCCCACUUGCAGCAUGUGCACCUUGAUACUAGGGACAGCAAGGGGACGGAGCUUCCAGCUGGGCAGGAUGGGCAGGAGUGGACUCUAUCCCCUUUGCACAGUAGCCACACAGGCAAGAAAAGCCCAUGUCCCCCUGCAGGAGGAACCCAGGACCAGCCCAGCAAAGAGAGAAAGACCAGGCCAGUGGAUGAUAGACUUCUGGGUUCGGGGCAUCAGAGCCCAAGCAGUUCCCCACAUGGAGAAGCUGAUGGACACCCUCCAGAAAGAAGUUUCCAGGACCCAAACAGAGCAAGCAGAGCUGACAGUGAAUUGGCCAGCCAGCAGUCCUCUGCCUCUGGCUCCCUUGUUCAACAAACCACUAAAGUAGCUGGCCGCACAGAGGCAACUGAAGAAGGGGACAGCGAGCCCAAGGAGUGUGGCCGGGUGGGUGGUAGGCGAAAUGGGGGGACCCGGGGCCGCUCAAUACAAAACCGGCGGAAGAGCGAGCGUUUUGCUACCAAUCUACGUAAUGAAAUUCAGAGGAGGAAGGCCCAGCUCCAGAAAGGCAAGAGUCCCUUGUCACAGCUGUGUGACACCAAGGAGCCAGUGGAAGAGACCGAGGAGCGCCUAGAAAGUCCUCCACUUCCUGCCUCUAACUCAUCUCUUCUGUCUUCGUAUAAAAAACCACCUAGCCCCAGAGACAAGCUCUUCAACAAGAGCAUGAUACUCAGGGCUAGGUCUUCAGAGUGCCUCAGCCAAGCCCCUGAGGGCCAUGAAUCUAGGACGGGCUUGGAGGGACGAAUGAGCCCUAGCCAGAGACCUGGCCAGUCCUCUUUGAGCCUGAACGCCUGGUGGAAGGCAUCUGACCCAUCCUCCUCAGACUCUGAAAAAACAAAUGUUCACCGCGGAGUCCGUGGAGGUCACUGGAGAUGGUCGCCAGAGCACAACCUGCAGCCACAUGUGGCACUAGCCGUGGAAAACUCUUCCAACCCAGGUGACAAGGAAUUGAAGGCUUCUACUGCCCAAGCUGGGGAGGAAGCCAUCCUCUUGCCCUUUGCAGACAGAAGAAAGUUCUUUGAAGAGAGUAGCAAAUCUACAUCUCAUUUGCCAGGUUUAACCACUCAUAGCAAGACUUUUACUCAGAGACCAAAACCUGUUGACCAAAACUUCCAGCCAAUGAGCUCCAGCUAUAGGGAAUUGAGGCGCCAUCCCAUGGACCAAUCAUAUCACUCCACAGACCAACCCUAUCAUGCCACAGACCAAUCAUAUCAUUCCAUGUCACCCCUUCAGUCAGAAACUACCACUUACAAAGAAUGUUUUGCAAGCAAAGGUCUAGAACAAUCCAUGUGUUGUAAGCCACUACACUGUGGUGAUUUUGAUUACCGCAGGACGUGCUCUUACUCCUGCAAUGUCCAGGGAGCUGUAGUCCAUGACCCUUGCAUUUAUUGUUCUGGGGAAGUCUGCCCUGCUUUGCGAAAGAGAAAUAUGAUGCCAAACUGCUACAACUGCCGGUGCCACCACCACCAGUGCAUCCGGUGUUCAGCUUGCUAUCAUAAUCCCCAGCACGGUACCCUUGAGGACAGCAGCUUGGCACCUGGCAACACUUGGAAACCCAGGAAUCCAACAGUGCAGGACUUUCCUGGGGACAAAUGGAAGCCAGUAACAGGAAACAGGAAGACCAGCCAGUCAGGGAGGGAAAUGGCUCAUUCCAAGGCUAGCUUUUCAUGGGCAACCCCCUUCCAUCCUUGCUUUGAGAACCCAGCACUGGACUUGUCAAGCUACCGAGCAAUCUCUUCUCUUGACCUCCUUGGAGACUUCAAGCACUCCUCAAAAAAACCAGAGGAAACCUCCGUUUAUGAAGAGGAGAGCUCCCUAGCCUCCAUGCCCCGCCCACUGCGCAGCCGGGCCUUCUCAGAGAGCCACAUCAGCUUGGAUCCUCAGAGCUCCCGGGCCUGGGGGCAGCAUAGGAAGGAGCUCUUUACCAAAGUUGAUGAGAUCCAGCCAGAUCCUCUGGGUGCCAGGAAGAAGGCCUUUCCUCCUCCUCGCCCUCCUCCUCCCAACUGGGAGAAGUACAGGCUCUUUCGUGCAGCCCAGCAGCAGCAGCAACAGCAGCAGAAGCAGCAAAAGCAGCAGCAGGAGGAGGAGGAAGAGGAGGAGGAAGAGGAAGAAGAGGAAGAGGGGGUGGAGGAGGAGGAGGAGGGGGAGGAGGAAGAGUUGCCACCCCAGUAUUUCAGUUCAGAAACCACUGGUUCCAGUGCCCUCAAUCCUGAGGAGGUCCUGGAGCAGCCCCAACCGCUGGGCUUUGGCCACCUGGAGGCUUCAAGGCAGAGCUCACAAAGCCUUCCAGCAGAGCAAGAGUCUUUUGCUCUCCAUUCCAGCGAUUUCCUGCCUCCAGUAAGGGGCCAUUUGGGAUCUCAAGCUGAGAAGGCUCUGCCCCCUUGCUAUUAUGGCAUUGGUGGGCUUUGGAGAACAUCAGAGCAGGAGACCACUGAUUCCCCCAAACCAGAAGCUUUGAUGGCAGAAGAGUCCAAACCUAAGCCAGCAUGGAGCCAGAGCUACUUCUUUCCUGAGGAGCAGUUCUCUUUCAUGGGCUGGGGCUCCGAGAAGCAGCACCUCAACCCCGCAGGCUUCAGUGAACCCAAGACAACAGGACAAGAGUUUCAGCACUUCUCACCUCCUCAGGGUGCCCCAGGGAUCCCUACCUCUUAUUCAGCAUAUUACAAUAUUUCUGUGGCCAAAGCAGAGCUGCUGAACAAGUUGAAAGACCAACCCGAGAUGGCAGAGAUGGGCCUGGGAGAGGAGGAAAUUGACCACGAACUGGCUCAAAAAAAGAUUCAGCUCAUCGAAAGCAUUGGCAGAAAACUUUCUGUCCUGCAGGAGGCCCAGCGAGGAUUGCUGGAGGACAUCACUGCCAAUUCUGCCCUUGGGGAGGAGGUGGAGACCAACCUAAAAGCCGUCUGCAAAUCCAAUGAGUUUGAAAAAUACCGUUUGUUUAUUGGGGACCUGGACAAAGUAGUCAACCUGUUGCUGUCACUCUCUGGUCGACUGGCCCGUGUGGAAAAUGCUCUCAACAGCAUCGAUUCAGAGGCCAACCAGGAGAAGUUGGUGCUGAUAGAGAAGAAGCAGCAGCUGACAGGGCAGUUGGCAGAUGCCAAGGAGCUGAAGGAGCACAUGGAGCGCCGGGAGAAGCUGGUGUUUGGUAUGGUCUCCCGCUAUCUGCCUCAGGACCAGCUCCAAGAUUACCAGCACUUUGUGAAGAUGAAAUCUGCUCUCAUCAUUGAACAGCGAGAGCUGGAAGAGAAGAUCAAGCUCGGGGAAGAGCAACUCAGAUGUCUCAGGGAGAGCCUACUCCUGGGGCCCAGUAAUUUCUAAUUCCACCAGCAGACUGCCUACACCAUCCCUGCCCCUCCAUAAUGGGAAGCGCUUUCAAUCCUUGUUAGCACUUUGUUAGCAAGUAGAUAACAGUUAGUUAGUUAGCAGUUUGUUCCAUAUUCUCUACCCUGGACGUCUCUCACUGCCCCUUAACCUAGCAGUGUUCCCAACCAGCUAAGAGGACCUGGGGAGGCCCCAAGCUUCUACCCAAGGGAGUAGAAGCAAGAAGCAGGAGCUGCAGCAAAGUGUGAUCAUACAACCACACCUUCCUUCCCACAGUUUGCACGGCCAAGCAUUCACCACACACAGGACCAACAAAGUGCCUUCAUUAUUCUUUGUACUAGGACACCAGGAACAUCAUGUACUCAGCCACCCACCCACACCAUCAUCAGCCUUUGAAGUCUCUCUCAGAGAGAAGUUGCCUGUGCAGCUCCACUCUUCCCCAGGGCUCGUGGCCCAGCCAUUUCCCACAGAGAUCUGGCUGUCUUGAGGGCAUUCACCUACCACCAGCUUCAGGGCCUCACCCCAGCUUUGCAGUAGGAAGCACAGAAGGAGCAAUGACAUUUAACAGAAUGUGAGCAAAGGUUGGGAAUCGCCUGAUACCCUGCUAGAAGGAGCUAUGCUUAAACAAACUGGCUCUACCCCUGCCUUCCCCAUUACCUAGUUGAGGGGGAGGAGGCCUAUCUUCAGCCCCAGCUAGCGUGGCCCUCCUCCUG